UGGCCAACAUGACAUUUCAGCCAAAAACGAACUACGAUGCCGUGGAAAAGAUUUGGAGUAGUGAAAAUGAGAAAUCCCAAUUCGGAGACGAUUUAUCAAUAGGCGAAAUUAUUUUUCAGGAAAUGGUCCGUCAUCCCAAGAGCGUAGCCCAGAUAUCAGACUCGGAGAAAACGAUUCUUCUACGGGAGGACCUGUUAAAUAAUGCCAUUCGCAUCGCAACUUUCAUUCGCAACUUGGAUUUGACUCAGAAAGAUAUCGUGGGGCUAAUAGCGAGGAACACCACCCACAUAUCAGCCGUUGCCUACGCCUGUUUCUUCAAUGGAAUCGCGGUGCACACGCUGAAUUGUACCUAUUUACCGGAAAUAAUUGAGAAACUGUUUAACAACACAAAGCCACGUAUCAUUUUCUGCGACGGUGAUGAGUACGAAAAAGUGCGUUCUGCUACCGCCAAGUUGGAUGUUCUGAUAGUGACCAUGCGCAAUCAUCCUGCUGGUGGGCUAAGUAUCCAGGAAGUGCUGAAGACGCCAGCGGAAGAGGGAUUCAAGCCAACUCCCUUAAAACACGGUUCCAGCCAAGCGUUGGCCAUACUCAGCACUUCUGGCACCACAGGCACUCCAAAGGCCGUUAUUGUGCCCAAUUGCCGAAGCAUUCUAAGCGGCCUUACCAAGCUAACCACCUCGGAUGUUCAGCUCUCAUUUAGCUCACUGGAGUGGGCUUCGGGUCUGUGGACGUUGGUCUCCUCGGGAGUCUAUAGCACGAAGCGCAUUAUAUCUGACAAACCGGUCGAUCCUUUAAGUACUCUCCGAAUAAUUGAGGAAUACCAGGUUACAUGGAUUCUACAGCCCCCGACGCAUUUGGCAGCCAUUGUCAAUUGUUCGGAUUUUGAGAAAGCCAAUAUGCAGAGCCUUCGAUAUUACAAUUAUGGAGGUGGUCGGUGCACCUCGGAACUGGAAAAAAAACUUCGGGAGAAAUUGGGAAAUGACAUACUCCAUUUUUGCUAUGGAGCUUCAGAGUUGGGAUCCCUUUACUGCGUCAACUGGCACUACGAUGCGAAGCCCAAUUCGGUGGGUCGUCCGAGUCCUGGCUUCCAGCUGAAGAUACUCAACGACCAAGGCGAGAAACUGGGCCCCAAUGAGGAGGGUGAGGUGUGCAUUAACAAUGGAAGCUUUUGGCCUGGAUAUUACGGGAACACAGAGGCAACAAACGGAGCUUACAAGGACAACUGGUACCAUAGUGGAGACCUUGGUUACAUAGACGACGAUGGCUUUGUGUACGUCGUGGACCGAAAGAAGGACCUACUGUCGUACCAUUUCAACAAGUACUAUCCUCACGAGCUUGAGGAACUAAUCUCUAAAAUGCCCGGAGUGAUCGAAGCCUGUGUGUUUGGCAUUUGGAAUGUGACAAAUUGUGACGAGGCAGCGGCUCUUAUCACAAAGAAACCAGAUGCCCACUUCAGUGAACAGGACGUAAUAGAUUUUGUAGAGCAGCAUUCUAGCACCGAGUUCCUGAGAUUACACGCUGGCUGUUUAAUUGUCAACGAUCUGAAGCGAAGUCCCAAUGGAAAGACAAAUCGUGCUGCGAACAAGGAAUACUUUAUUCGGGAGAAGGGUAUACAAAUAAUGACAUAGAAUGGAAA